UAAUAAUGAUAAUGAAAGAUUAAAAAAAUAAUAGAAAUAAAAAUAUAAUAAAAAUGUAAUACAUUUCAUGAAUAUUGGAAUGAGUAUUGGUGCUUUCACACAAUGAAAUUUUGGUGUAUUAAUCAGUAAUGUGGAUAUAAUGACUAAGUGUGAAACAGAACAGUGAGAGGAGUCUGUAACAUUAAAGCAGCAUUUCAAACCAGGAAAAGAUGAUAUUAUGAUAUUACAAUAUCCAAAAUCUAAAGAUGACAUCCAGUCUCAUGUCACCAUAUUAUCAUUAUACUGAUAUAUUGAUAUAUAGCACAGCUCUGGUUGCCCCCUUAAGGUAUCCAAACAAUACUGUUAUGAUCAAAAUCAGUUAAAUGAAAGGAGAACACACAUCUGCAUGCCCUUUGACCUCUGAAAAAUGAAUUAUUGUAAGAUAAAAGCACCCUCCAAACUAUUUAUGAUAAGAGUUAUAUGUGUGUUGUUUCCAUGCCUCCCCUCUCCUGCUGUUAUAUGUCACUGGUCCACAUUUUUUCCACACUAUCAAGAGUGCAUCCGCAUUUCCACCAUGUGUCUCCUCAGCGGGUAUCCACCUCUCAUCCUGACACUGCCUCCAUCACUUCACUGCAGCUACAAAUAACAGAUUGUCUGGCACACACAGCAGCCUGUGAUUCUGCAGUUAUAUGUUCUCACCAGCACCAGGUAUAGCCUCUGCUCAAAGGUAGCAGGUAGGUUGUGUGCGUCAGUCAAAGGCUGAAGAAGACGCGGAUUGGCUUGUCUCAGCCCGCGGGGCUCCAGGCUCCACCUCUCCACCAGAGUCUUGCCUGUGCUGCGCUUGUUGCAGUGUGCGCUCUCGGGUUACGCGUAUGAAGUUGUGGACAAGAGGAUAUCGAAGACACCCAGCCACUUAGAGGAGGAAAGUGGAGUCUCCCUUCUGUCGUUUCACUCUCUAUAAUCUGAGGAAUACAAUUAAGCCCUCGGAGAGCGAUUGAGGAAACGCAAGGAAACCAGUUUGUGGCAUUUGAGUGAGAGUCCAAGCAUACCCAACAGUAUGCGGUGCAGUUAUGGCAGGCAAGGGUAAGACAGUCGUGAGGACGCUGGAGGAUUUAACGCUUGAUUCGGGUUAUGGUGGAGCCGCGGACUCGGUCAGGUCGUCCAGCGUGUCGUUGUGCUGCUCCGACACGCAUCAGUCCAUCGCGCAUGGGGGCAACUGCUGGCAUCUGACGGAAUCCAUGCAUAGCAGACAGAACAGUUUGGACACAGUCAACACCGUCCUGGCGGAGGACACGGAGAUACUGGAGUGCUCGGGUCAGUGCGCCAAGCUGCCCGAGCUGGAGGACGUGCCAUGGAGCCUCGGCGAGGUGGAGGGCGCACUGAGGAAAGACGAGCAGCUGAUGGUGGGCGACCCUCCACCGGAGGUCCUGGCGCGGCUCUCCGCUCUCGUCAGCCGCGCGCUGGUGAGGGUGGCCCGGGAGGCGCAGCGGCUGAGCCUGCGCUACGCCAAGUGCACCAAGCACGAGAUCCAGAGCGCCAUCAAGGUGGUGCUUUCGUGGACCAUCUCCGUCAACUGCAUCACGGCGGCUCUCAGCGCCCUGUCCCUCUACAACAUGAGCACCGGGGACCGGUUCAGCCGGGGCAAGUCGGCGCGCUGCGGGCUGGUCUUCUCCGUGGGGAAGUUCUUCAGGUGGAUGGUGGAUAGCCGGGUGGCGCUCAGGAUCCACGAACACGCUGCCAUAUACCUCACCGCCUGCAUGGAGAGUCUGUUCAGAGAGGUGUUCAGCCGCGUCCUGCGCAGCGCGCUGGUGGAGAGGGACAACGGGAUCCCCAAGUUUACGCUGGAGUCUCUGGAGCAAGCCAUCAACAACGAUUCGGAGAUCUGGGGUCUGCUGCAGUCCUACCAGCACCUCAUCUGUGGAAAGAACUCAAGUGGUGUGCUGAGCCUGCCGGAGAGUUUGAACCUGCACCGGGACCAGCAGCGCUUAGGGAGGGCCGGAGAGGGUCAAGCAUACACCCAGGCCGAGCUGCGCACGCUGGAACAGUCGCUGCUCGCAACGCGGGUGGGCAGCAUCGCAGAACUGAGUGAUCUGGUAUCCCGGGCCAUGCACCACCUCCAGCCCCUGCACAUCAAGAACCCCAGCAACGGGACUCCAGUCCACCAGAAGACCACCACCAACACCACGGUGCACUGGGAGCCCGAGGCCCUCUACACCCUGUGUUACUUCAUGCACUGCCCACAGAUGGAAUGGGAGAACCCCAACGUCGAGCCCUCCAAAGUCACCUUACAGACUGAGAGGCCGUUCCUGGUACUGCCUCCGCUGAUGGAGUGGAUCCGGGUGGCGGUGGCCCACACCGAGCACCGACGGAGCUUCUCUGUGGACAGUGAUGACGUGCGGCAGGCUGCCAGGCUGCUGCUCCCCGGCGUGGACUGUGAACCACGACAAAUAAAAGCGGAGGAUUGCUUCUGUGCCACCAGAAAGCUGGACGCCGCCUCCACAGAGGCCAAGUUUCUGCAGGACCUGGGCUUCAGGAUGCUCAACUGUGGACGGACGGACCUGGUCAAGCAGGCCGUGAACCUGCUCGGACCCGAUGGCAUUAACAGCAUGAGCGAACAGGGUAUGACCCCUCUCAUGUACGCCUGUGUGCGUGGUGACGAGGCCAUGGUUCAGAUGCUGCUCGAUGCCGGAGCCGACAUCAACAGCGAGGUGCCAAGCACAGUAAACAAGCACCCCUCAGUUUAUCCUGAAACGCGCCAGGGGACGCCACUCACUUUCGCCGUGUUACACGGACACGUCCCUGUCGUGCAGUUGCUGCUGGAUAACAGAGCGAAUGUGGAGGGCGCCCUGCAGGAUGGGGCGGAGAACUACACGGAGACCCCGCUCCAGCUGGCGUCUGCUGCAGGUAACUUUGAGCUGGUGAGUUUGCUUUUGGAAAGAGGCGCCGACCCGAUGAUCGGGACCAUGUGUCGAAAUGGCAUCUCCUCUCUGCCGCUGGGAGACAUGAACUCAUACAGCCUGGCAGCAGCACACGGCCACAGGAAUGUAUUUCGGAAGCUGCUGGCCCAGUCGGAGCAGGAAAAGGGGGACGUGCUGACUCUGGAGGAGAUCCUGGCCGAGAGUUCAGAACACGGGGAGAAAAGGCUGGCGCCACAGGCCAACGGCGGGGGGACGCUGCGAACAGGAAAGGCCAAACUGAGGGCCCUGAGAGAGGCCAUGUACCAUAGCGCAGAGCACGGCCAUGUGGACAUCACCAUAGACAUCCGCAGCUUAGGCGUUCCCUGGACGCUGCACACCUGGCUCGAGUCCCUGCGUACCUGCUUCGUCCAGCACCGCCGGCCGCUGAUCCAGGGCCUGCUCAAAGACUUCUGCUGCAUCCAGGAGGACGAGUACACGGAGGAGCUGAUCACGCACGGCCUGCCGCUCAUGUUCCAGAUCCUCCGAGCCAGCAAGAACGAGGUGAUAAGCCAGCAGCUGUCAGUCAUCUUCACCCAGUGCUAUGGGCCUUUCCCCAUCCCCAAGCUGACAGAGAUCAAGAAGAAGCAGACCUCGCGCUUAGACCCGCACUUCCUGAACAACAAGGACAUGUCUGAUGUUACUUUCCUGGUGGAGGGGAAACCGUUUUAUGCACAUAAAGUUUUGCUGUUUACAGCUUCACCCAGGUUCAAGUCUCUGCUCCAGAACCGACCGGCAGCAGAGAACACCUGUAUUGAGAUCAGCCACGUCAAGUACAAUAUUUUCCAUCUGGUCAUGCAGUAUCUGUACUGUGGAGGCACCGAGUCUUUGCACAUACGCAACACUGAAGUCAUGGAGCUCCUGUCUGCAGCCAAAUUCUUCCAACUAGAGGCCCUUCAGAGACACUGUGAGAUCAUCUGCUCCAAGAACAUAACCACAGAAACCUGCGUGGACCUCUACAAACACGCCAAGUUCCUUGGUGCCUCUGAGCUGACGGCUUUCAUUGAGGGCUAUUUCCUGAAGAACAUGGUGCUGCUGAUCGAACUCGACGGCUUCAAGCAGCUGCUGUACGAACCUCCUCCAGCAGAGAGCCCCGCGUCCAGCCCCGGCAUCUGCUCCGACAUCCUCCUCGACCUGGAGAAAACUUUGGCUACGCGCAUCCACUCCAUCCACCUCUCCACCUCCAAGGGCUCCGUGGUGUGACGCCAUCCUCUCCUGAAGCCCUCCGAUCCAGGCACAGCAUCCAUGUAACACCACUUCUAACAUCUCAGCGCCCUGCGACACAGCCCCCUCCAUCUGUCCUCGCCCCACCCGCUGCUGAAGAGGGGCUGUCGGAUGUUUUUUAUGUCAGGGAUUCCCUUUAAUUCUGCGCGUUGCAGCCCCCUCCUGAGGGUUAAAGUUGGCAUAAAAUCAGAGAGAGGACUUUCUCACUUUGUCAGAGGCUUGAACUCUGUUGUCCUAAUGGCUCCCACUGAUCACUUCACACCCCAAAACUAUCAAAAAACAACAAAAACAGAACAGACUCAACCCAACAGUAUCACUUAGACUUAAUUGUGAUAAUGAAACUUAUUGUAUUUCAUAUAGGAAACAUGCAUGAAAUACAUUCUGUACACCUUUUUCUGCUUAAAAAGGUAGAGUAGAACUCAAUAAAAGCAGCUUUCUCAUCAUCAUGAUAUGAGACUUUAGGUUUACAAACAUCACUUUAUGGAAGUGGAUGCCAUCGCAGUAUAAAGUUUGACACAUGCCAAAAUAUAAUCCUACUAUACAACCAAUAAAAGUGACUAGUAGCAAUGCCAGCAGACUUCAUUCUGUCACAUCUAUGUUGGAUACGUUUCACUGUGUUAUAUAUCUACUGUGUGCAGAGGCCAAGCGGAUCACAGGAACUUCCACCGCAGCGCUUGAUUAGACUAAAGACGGCCCACUCAGUGAAAUCUAUGCUGACGUAUGCUUGAAACAUGGAUGUCCAACUGGGAAAUUAACUUGUGAUAACUCCACUGAACACUGUUUUUUGCAUGACACCUCCUCAACUGAGCUGCCCUGAUAUUGCUUUUUAUGCAGAGCUUACUUCACGGACCACAAAGGGAAGUAAGGGAAAACGCUGCUUAUUAACUUUCUAUCCACUGCAAAACUGACUGAGCGGGAUUUGGAGAUGGAUUUGGCAGGGACUUUCUCUUUAGCGAUAUUUAAAGCAGAGUGUAAAUAUGUCCUUGAAGUCAUCGUGCUGGUCGUUCUUUUUUUCUUUUCUUUUUUGUAAACUGAUGUACAGUAUUCUCCCACACUCGCUUGGCUGAUGACACCAGUCUCAUUGAAUGUUGCUCCCUGAACUGUUUGUUCCUGCUGUAUAUGUCUGUUUAUGCAAAAGUUGCAUGUUUAAUCUGUUUGUUUGGAUCCUCCGUUUCGCUUUAGGUGUGCUUUCUGUGUAGAUCAGUAGAGCUGAGCAGGUCGGUGGUUGUUCCAGUUCAAGUCCAAUCAAAGGAUGUUCCCCUUCGAUUAUUUUUGCUAUUUCUGAUACAUUCCAGAUGAUCAGGGUAGGCCACUAAGAUGCAUUUUAAAGUCACUUUUUGUUUUAGGCUUCACCUCAGCUGAAUUUCUCAAUAACUCUCUCGCUCAGUUUAUUAGAGGCACAACUAUGUUACAUGACUCUUAAGGACCCAGCUACAUGUAUUUACUCACAUUUUGAGUUACAGAAAUGCAGAAAACAGGAAAAAAAUCUGAAUAUUGCACACAAAAAAAUCAAUAAUAGGUCAUUUUCAAAGUAUCAAAGUAUGCAGAAUAUGACUUUAACCUGAUUGACAGAUGGCCUUGGUAGAAACUUAUCAAUUGCAUUGGCAAAUCAUACACUGCUUUAUCUUCUAUUUCAGUCUAAAUGGAGCCAUAAUUUACAAAAUGAACAUCCUAUUGUAUUAAAGAACACUUUGAAAUAGUGAUUAAGAACAUAAACUCAUUAGGAAAAUGUUUACUGAAGUAAUAAAUCAAGUGAGAAGUCGGGUCAUUUUCUAAUAGACUCAUAUACAAUCAGACUUCUGUUUGCCCCCUGCUGGCCAUUUGAACUAAUGCAGGUUUAUGGCACUUCGGCUUAAGUUUUCAAACCCAGAAGUUGCCUCUUGGGUCCAGAUCCUCACACUUUCGUUAUCAGUCGACAUGAUCAUAAUGAGAAACAACACAUCCAAAAAAAGUGGUACCAAAUCUCAAACACCUGUGACAAUUAUUGCAGAAUUAUGGGCAACAUAUCCUCAAAACAAGAAAAACAAUUUAUGUCCAAAUAGGAGAGGCAGAUUUGACAAUGACAAAUUUCAGAAUCACGUUGUUGUCUGUAUCAUAAAAAAUAUUGUUUGUCACAUUCAGGUGUUCAUAUAAAUUAUUAAUGUGGUAAAUGGUUCCAGGCGUUUUGAAAUUUUGAUCUCAUUCUUUAUUGGUUGUUACAGCCUGCAGCUUUCGGUACAAAUGUGUUGUUUCAUAUUGUGACUCCUGACAAACAUCCGUGACCAAAAUGUUGUGUCUCUAAUAAACCCAGUUCAGAAAGCUUGCAGAAAGUUAACCU